GUUAAGCCCCUGUCGGUCACCGGCAAUGAGCACAACCUUAUCAACCGAUUGAAGGCAUUGGAGAGUCGAGUGUUGGCCGCCGUUGAGUCAGCACAAGCCAGAGGUCCGAGAGGUUUACGCACUGAUUUAGUUAUGAAGGGUUAUUACGAUAAGACCAAUGCUUUUUUAAGCGCUGAGUUCCCUAAAUUGAAUGAAGCGAUCGGUAAUAUACCCUCAGCUGCACUCAGACAGCAAACCAUUCAACAACUGAUCAUCGAUUUGACACACUUUGCAGAAAUGCCCUUUAUGCUUUAAUUAUAAAUAGAUUGAAUAACCGA